AUGGCUUCUCGUGCGAUCCCAGCUCACCUGAAGCCUGCUGCUGCAGACGGCGAGGGCGGCUUCUCCCCCCGCCAUCACGGCAAGUCGCAGUCCCAUGUGGCUUUCGAAAACACAUCCACCAAUGUUGCGGCCUCGCAGAUGCGAAAUGCACUCAACAAGCUCGCCGACACUGUCAAGGACCCCGCUGAGAAGAAGUACUUUGAAACCGAGAUGGACAACUUCUUUGCCCUGUUUCGACGAUACCUCAACGACAAGGCCAAGGGCAAUGUCAUCGACUGGAACCGCAUUGCUCCCCCGAAAGCGGAGCAGGUCGUCAACUACGACGACUUGGCCAACUCGGAGGCUGUCGAAUACCUGAACAAGCUCGCUGUCGUCAAGCUCAAUGGCGGUCUCGGUACCUCCAUGGGCUGCGUCGGCCCCAAGUCUGUCAUCGAGGUCCGCGACGGCAUGUCCUUUUUGGAUUUGUCGGUGCGCCAGAUCGAGUACCUCAACCGCACAUACGACGUCAACGUGCCAUUCGUGCUGAUGAACUCGUUCAACACCGACACCGACACGGCCAGCAUCAUCAAGAAGUACGAGGGACACAACAUUGACAUUCUCACAUUCAACCAAUCAAGGUACCCUCGUAUCUUGAAGGACUCGCUCCUGCCCGUCCCCAAGGACAGCCAGUCGGACAUCUCCAACUGGUACCCCCCAGGCCACGGUGACGUUUUCGAGUCUCUGUACAACACUGGCAUGCUCGACAAGUUGCUAGAUCGCGGUAUUGAGUACAUCUUCCUCUCCAAUGCUGACAACCUGGGCGCUGUUGUCGAUCUCCGCAUUCUGCAACACAUGGUAGACUCCAAGGCCGAGUACAUCAUGGAGUUGACGGACAAGACCAAGGCCGAUGUCAAGGGUGGUACCAUCAUUGACUACGAGGGCUCGGUCCGUCUCCUCGAAAUCGCACAGGUCCCCAAGGAGCACGUCAACGAGUUCAAGUCGAUCAAGAAGUUCAAGUACUUCAACACCAACAACAUUUGGAUGAACAUUCGCGCUGUCAAGCGUGUCGUCGAGGCGAAUGAGCUCGCCAUGGAGAUCAUUCCCAACGGCAAGUCCAUACCCGCCGACAAGAAGGGCGAAGCCGACAUCUCCGUCCUCCAGCUUGAGACUGCCGUCGGUGCGGCCAUCAAGCACUUCAAGGGUGCCCAUGGAGUCAACGUGCCCAGGCGGCGCUUCCUGCCCGUCAAGACGUGCUCCGAUCUUAUGCUCGUCAAGUCGGACCUGUACACUCUUCAGCAUGGUCAGCUGGUGAUUGACCCUAACCGAUUUGGCCCUGCUCCCUUGAUCAAGCUUGGCAGCGACUUCAAGAAGGUGUCCAGCUUCCAAGCCCGCAUCCCAUCCAUUCCCAAGAUUGUCGAGCUGGACCACUUGACCAUCACGGGCCCUGUCAACCUUGGCCGUGGUGUCACACUCAAGGGCACUGUCAUCAUUGUGGCGACAGAGGGAUCGACUAUCGACAUUCCUCCCGGUUCGAUACUGGAGAACGUUGUUGUGCAAGGUUCGUUGAGGCUGCUAGAACACUAG